CUUAAAUCUUUCAAGAAUGGCAUGGAAGCAAUGAGUACGUCGUCCUCGUCCAUGUCUGCUAUGUCACACAACUCCAAAGAAAGAGUCUCCACAAUAGGGCAACCAGAAAUGAGCCUACUAAAGGACUCAAAAGUCCUUAAUUACCACAUUCAAAAGCUCAAAGCUUUUCAAACUAGGAAGAGAAACCGACCCUUUCGCACCCAUCACAACACCAUUGAGCUUUGCAACUUUAAGAUUUUUCAAAGUGUAGAAGCUCUCUGGAAUCCACCAAAUACAACUCCAAGGGGGAGAUCCAUAUGAAUUUUCCGGCUUAAGCUUAACAUCAAUUUCCUUAACCUCAGACCCGAAUAGCAAUCCUAGUUUAUCCAAGUAAACCUUGCAUCACCUUACAAUUACGCUUUGUUAUGAAAAGACGGAAACUGAAACGUUGUAGAGAAUCGAAAUUCCUGCUCCGUUGCCAGUUGGAGUUGUCGGUGAAAACCACGUCGCUAAUCUGCCCAGCUCCGUCCUUCAGCACAACGCUGAACUCUCCCGCCACCAGCGGCCUCCUCCCUUGCUGUUCUCUGAUAACACUGUCGUUGAAAGCCUUCGCGCACCAAUCUUCGACAGAGCCAAAAUCGCCGUCCAGGACAACGAUUUCAAUCUUGAGGGAAGACAGCGGACCCGACGUGACGAUUGUAUUGGACGCGACAUCAAUGAGCACGAUCCAGAUCCGAGCAGAAACUCCGACAUGCUCGGCGGCAGCGGCCUCAAUCCAGAACCGACGCCGUCGUCGUAAUACAACUCGAAUCCACAGCCUCCGCCUCCUCCGCUCUCACCGCCGUUGCCGGUACUGGCGAUCUAUUCCCACUCUGGCUCCCACUGUCCGCUCAGCCGCGGAGCACGAUGACGGGUAGGGUAAUGAAUCAUUUAAUUUAAUUUUUAAUUUAUUACUUUUUGUGAGUUUCCGUUUUUACCCCUGUUGUUACUCUAACACUUUGUUAUAGUAUCCGGACCCGGAGAAAGGAAUCGGAAGAACUGGGAAUGACGGCUUUCCAUGGCCCAACUAUUGAGCCCAUACAAACCCGCGGGUUUCCAUGGCCCAACUAUUGAGCCCAAACUUGGCUGCACUCAAAACCCUAAACGAGCAGGUCUCUCCUCUCCAGUCCCACAAACGUUGCCGACUGCCCGACUCGGUCCCCUGCUCUCUUCUUCCUCAUGCCAGCAGCAUCCUCCUCUCUCGAUCCCUUCCAAAUUUUCACUCUAUCCCUUCUUCCCAUCGACAAAUCCCCCAUGUCUCCCUACCAUCCUUCAAAACCCAUGCGAGCUCAAUCGACUCCUCACAUCCAUUUUUUCGAAAUCCCUGAUUCCAGUCUGCAAUUUCUUGUGCCGUUCAUCCCCUCAAUGUUCAAGAUCUCCCUCAAAUUACUCGAUUCUCUUCCUGAUGCAGAACUUCGGCAUCUUUUCGGCUCCCCCCCAUCAACCAUCUAGCGAUUCCUUCGCCUUCAUCGCAUCAGUUGUCCAUCCAGACAUGCAUCAUGUUAUAUUCACGCUUCUGGGUUUCCAACGCCUUCCUCUGUUGGUAAUCGAGGUACUCCAUCAGCCAAUCGCUCCCCUUUUCCCCAUGAUCUCAAAUUGUUCUGAUUUGCUAUAAUCCGCGCUCGAAUUAAUAAAAUUCGCGAAUUUUGCAGGAAUUUCUUCUAGUUCGCGAUUUUGGUUUCCAGAGCCCGAGUGUCGACCCCUGUUGCGCGAAUUGUGUGACCUAAUAACAGGUCCAGGAAAGCAUCAAUCUCUGGCUGACAAGAAAAAUGCAGAGCGAUGGAGAACUCUAGAUUUGGAAAUAAAUUGGAAAGAUAUAUAUAUAUGUUCAACAAAAUAAUAGGUAUGCUCUAGUUCUCUUACUAAUGACUACGGACUAAUAUGGUAACUAAUGAUCAUUGCUGUCAUUCGUUACAACUUGAAAUAGACUAGUUGUUCGAGAAUAUAUCUGUGGCUAUAAGCCUCAGUCCCUCACCAUUCGUCAUCUAUAGACUAUAGAUUCCCUUCCUAAUAUAUGGAGAACAAAUGCUUACUUAUGUGAUCACUUUUUCAGGAUCAGGACUGCCUAUAUACUGACUGAAGAUGCAACUCCAGUGAGUUUGUGAAGCAUAUGGAGUAUUUUGGUGCACAACAGAGUUAGUGAUGGUAAGUGUGAAAAUGUACUUCAAAUGGUGUGUUGCUAAAGGCACAAGAACUAGGUUGCAACAUAACGAAAGGAUAGGGAGGCUACUAGUAUUCUAAUAUUCCGAAUCAAAAAGAACCAGUAACUGCCAGUGAAGUAGAAUCUCUCAGCUUCCAGUCUUCAUUUAAGCUGUACUCUGAAUCACUUGAACCUGCAAAUGCAUCAUGUGAAUAAGCAUAUGGUUGAGUCUACGUACAAGUGAAAAAAUCCCAGGUAGUAAAAUCAGAUUUAGUUAUCUCUAUGUUAAGAGUCCUUGAUUUGUAGCAUGUAUGUAUUGUGAAUACUUGUAGACUAAGAAUCUAAGAUCAUAGUACAGUGAUGGUAAAUGAAUUGAAUGCAUGUAGAAGAUAUAAAUGUUAACAAAGCAUAUAGUUUAGUGUUUGCUGGAAAAUGUUAGUCUUAAUCUUAUUCAAAGUCAUAAUGGUAUGGCAGAUUGGAGGGACAAAGCUACCAAGUAAUAUUCUAGAUAAUGAACUGAGUGCAUCUAA